GAGCUUUUGAUAUUUUUGAACUUAAAUUGAUUAAAAUUUUCUGUAUCGUCCACAAAGAAAAAUAAACAAAUUGUCAUCAUUGAUUUAAAUAACAAAAGCCGCAUUAAAUCGGGAUCUGUGCAAUAUGAAAGAGUGUUGCUCUCAUCAAGAAGAGGCAAUUGGUGAUUUGUUUAAAACGUUAAUAAAUAAUUACAUCCCUUUUUGGAUAAUAUUCUCCAUCAGCUGCUUCGCAAUUGUUAUCAUUCGUUUCAUCUGGAAGAAGAAAACUGAUGAUGUAGGAGAUGUUGGCAACAAUUUCUCAAAGAAAUUAAAAGAAAAUUAAAAUUACCCGCAGUGCAAUCAUUAAUAGUUACGAGAUUAUUUUAUACAAAAUUAUUUAUCAGUUACCUCAUUACAAUUAAAUCCUCUGGUGCAAUAUAUCUACAUGAGUUUUAUUGGAAAUAUUUAUUUAAGUCUGUGAUAAGUUGGAAUUUUAUUUGUAACUUUUAACACGAUGAAACAUCACGCAACAUAAAUUUCGUCAGAAAUUAGAU